AUGCCACCUCUAUACAACAUGAUAGCGAACCUUCGCAAGAAUGCCGAGUACAUCAAGUUCUUGACUCUAUCUGCCAACCAUGUCGGGCUGGACUUUAGCGCUCUCGUCGAUGCCAUCCAUUCCAAUGGCACUCUGCAAAAGGUAUAUUUACAUUGGAAAUUCCUGGCUUGUCUGACGGUCGAUCAAAUGGAGCUUUUGAUGGAAGCUUGUGCCAGCCUUCCCCAACUGGAGGAAUUGUCCGUGUCGUUGCCGCCGAAUCGAACCCACUUGUCAUCGCUCGUUGUGGACAAGUGCGUGUCUCGCUGUCCUCAUCUGGGCAAACUGGUGCUGCGAGGAUUUGAUCGACGUGCCUGUAUUGCAUUGGCCACUUGCCUUGGUCAUCAUCCUUCGCUGGUGGAUGUGCAACUGCUCGAUGGAUCCAGUGAUGAUUGCGUCGACGGCGAAAGCACUACUAGUGGGGUAUCUGCCGUGGCAAAGGCAUUGGCGGAUCAACACAACAGCACUGUGCUGAAACACCUCGUCUUGUCUUGUGCCAAGCUCCAUGACAGCGAUAUUGUGGCCCUUGCGGAUGCCUUGACAUCCAACACGAUUCUGGAAUCACUCGAUCUCAGGAGCUUUAAGGAUGAUGAUGCGAGCGAGGAAAAGACGAAGACGACCUAUGCACCACUGUUGCGUGUCUUUCAAGAGAAACAAAACGAGACGCUGCAGGUCUUGCAAACAGAUGCUCCAGAACAACUGCAGGCAGCGUUGCACAUGUAUACCCAGUUGAAUGCAUCGGGUGCUAGCCAGCUCUUGCGAAAGUUCGAGUCGGCUACCAAUCAAGAUUGGGUGGAUGUCAUCAUGACGGGAAUACUAAUUCAGAACAAGCAAGAGGAACCCAAAAAACACGACGAAGAUACCCUCAGUGUGUUGUUUCACACGCUGAGUCAGGAUCCGUCGUUCUUGCUGUCCUACUAUUCCCGCCCUCAUGACCAAGAAGAAGCCUACAAGAGCCCCGCUCAAGAGACACCACUUGAGACUGAGGAACUACCAAGUGAUGAGACUCCAUCGUCUACGAAUCCUUCACCAAGUGAAUGUGAAAGUGAGGAACCAAGUGAUGAGACUCCAUCUACGAAUGAUCCUUCAGCCAUUCCUUCCACCCCACCAAGUGAAUGCGAAUGUGAAAGUGAGGUACCAAGCGAUGAGACCGCAUCUACGAAUGAUCCUUCCACAACACCAAGUGAUUGUGAAAGUGAGGUGCUUUCAAGUGAUGGGGCCCCAUCAGAGACACCACCAACUCCAGAGACAACAUCUACUGUUUGGCGUUGGAAUUGUGUGGAAGUACAAAACAAAGAAGAAAUCGGGAAGGGAACAACUGCUGCUUCGGGGGCCAUGGAAUUCAAUUGGGUGGAGCACUUCGAAGGCGGGAUUCGGGAGGGAACCUUACUGUAG